UAAGUAUCGAGAAGUUUCCCAUCACUACCCUAAGUUUUGGUCAACAAAAACAAGUGAAGUGAUUACAAUUUUUUUGUAAUUAAGUGGUGACUAAAACGAUCAAAAUAAGUCAAAUAAUGAAUAGGAAACGCAGGCCGCUACAUUAUUAUAUAAUCAGACCCUGGUGUAACCGGAAGUAUAUUAAGAAGAACAACUUUCAACCACAAGCACCAAUGGUUAACAAUCAGAAUACAGUUUCGGAAACAACAAUUAGCACUGCCUACUAUCAGGAAGUGGAAGGUGAAAUCCCGGUCAAUAGAAAUGAUUCGACAAAUGAUGUUCACACAAAUAAAAGCCAAAAAGAUUCCGAACCCACUUCCGCUGCAAAAAUGACAGUUGAUUUUGAUUCUGAGGAUGAUAUUGAUACAGGGAAUGGAAAUUGUGAGAUGAGCGAUAAUGAUAGCGAAUAUGACAAUCUUAAAGAUUUUGAUGCAAACUCUGAUGCGUUUGAAUGUGGAACUGAAAAACAUAAUAAUUAUAAUGAGUUGUUGCAAAAUAUAUACUUUGAUCUCAUAUUGCUGAAUUGGUUAAUCAAUGAUACUGUCGUCAAGUUCGCGAAAAAUAUUAGUGUGAGGGAUAUGAGGUUAAUGGUCCUUAAUUUCUAUAUAAGACACAAACUAAGUCAAACUGCUUUGGAAGAUUUACUCCAUAUGCUGAAUUUGUUCAUGGAAUAUAAAGUGCUUCCGGAAACUUUUGCCUCUUUUGCGAAAGAUUUCGAAAGCCCACUAAAAGCAAAGAGAAACUAUUUUUGCACCAACUGUUUGUACGGAUUCAAUAAUCAGCCAAACUCUGAAUCAGUCUGCCCGAUGGAUGGAUGCGGCUCCAGUGAGAAUGAUUUUUUUAAUAACGUUUCCGCUUGAGCAACAAAUAAGAGACAUAUAUUUGAAGUAUUCUCAACAAACUAUAAAAUACGAAAAACAGAUCGAAGAAAAUGACAUAUCGGAUAUUAACAGAGGUUUAUUAGCCCGAUCGAUUUUCUCUAGAAACACUGGAAGAAUAAUAACACUUUCCGCAAAUGAAGAUGCAGCAGCCGGAUAUAAAUGCACUAACAAAAAACCAAUUUAUCCUCUCUUCGUAACCGUGAAUAAUCUCCCACCUAAAUUAAGAUUCGAUCAGAAUAAUUUGAUCCUGGCAAGUCUCUGGUUUAAUAAAGGGAAACCAAACAUGGCAUUAUUUCAUAAGAAGUUCGUUUUGGAGCUACAAAGAUUGCACAACGGAAUGCAAAUAGAAGCACAAACGUACAAAAUUGUUCUACUUCAAUGUUGUCUCGAUUCUAUUGGGAGAUGUGAACUUUUUUGUUCAAAGCAGUUUAAUGGUAGAUACGGAUGCACCAUUUGUAUGCAUCCUGGAAAACUCGUAUGCAAACAAAUGAAAUAUCCCUAUCAACGUGCGAAACUUAGAGAAGAUGUAACAACAAGGAGGUUGAUGAUUCAAGUAGAAGAGUUUGAAACUCGUGAACCAAGAUUUGGAAUAAAGGGCCUGAGCGUACUAGUCGGAUUACCAGAAUUUGACAUUAUAAAAGGUCUACCAGUUGAUUACACGCACAUGGCACUUCUAGGAAUCACGCGAACAAUUUGGGAAAUAUUGGUGGAAAAUAGUAGCGGAAACAUUCAGCGAUUACGAAAUACAAGUAUUGUUAAAAAAACAAUAGGCGACAGAUUUACAUCAAUGAGAUUACCAAGCUCGUUUUCACGACGCAUGCGGAAACCCGACGAAUAUCUUAAAUUUAAAGCAUCUGAAUGGGAGACUAUUCUAUUGCACUGCAUUUACCCAUGUUUAGCAGAUUUGUUACCUGCUACUUAUAUGAAUAACGUUAUGAUGUUUGCAACGGUUGUUUUUCUGUUACUAGAAUUAAACAUUUCGCGAAGCACGUUAUUAAAAUGUCAAAAACUAAUGGAUCAGUUCGUUGAGGAUUUUGAGAAGCUGUAUGGAGAAUCUUUCAUGCUCUAUAAUGUGCAUCUAUCCGGUCACUUGGUACAGAAUGGUAGAAAUCUAGGGGCGUUGAGGAAUUCAUUAUCUUCCCGUAUGAAAACGGAAACAGUAUGUUGAAAAGUUUUCAUACAUCUCACAAUCGUCCAGUUCUGCAACUUGCAACUAAAUACGUUUUGAAUAGAAUAGUGCACUACUCAUAUUCGCCAAGAACUCCAAUAGUCGAAGCCUUCACUGAAAAAAUAUGGAGUCAGCCAAGGAAAAAUGUUAGGGGUGUGCGAAACUGACUUUUCUGGUGUCGAAACGAAACGAAACGAAAUUAACCCUUAAUUUCGGUUUCGCCAAAUUAGUCGAAACGAAAUCAAGGUGGAUUUCGAGUUCUCGAGACGAAACGAAAUUGGUCUCUAAAUUUCGCGAAAUUUCGAAAAAUAAAAUAAAUGUUUCUGAAACAUAGCAUUACAAUGAUUUGAAACGUUGGAGCGUACGCUAACGAAGUACCCUUCAGCAGUUGAUCGCAAGGUGCUUACGAAGAGUAACGUAGGUGUUCAGAUAUCGAUAAACCGACAAUGACGAGAAAAUCAAAAAUGUAAAAAACUAAAAUCUUGAUGCACUUAUUUAUACAGAUUAUAUUGCAGGUAAUAGUAGCGCGAUAGAUACAAAUGAUAUAAAGGUCAAACUCGAAAUGUCUUUGUAAAUAAUAAUUUAAUAAACUUCUGAACUGA